UCUCUUCAAAAAAUAUUUUUCCCAUUCCAAUUUUUUUUAUGUCCUUGUAUAUUUCCUUUCACUUUCUCUCUUAUUAUCCUACCUGCCUAUUCUCAAUUCAACAAAUCCGAAAGUUAACAGUUUGUGUUCUACUCAUUUUUCUGAAUAUUGUGAAUUUUCCAAAAUAAAUGUUAUGUUUUUUUAAUAUUCUUGGCAGUAACUUUAUUCGGGUCGGAAGAAACAUCAUUAUCAUUAUCAUCAUCAUCAUCAUCACCGUCAUCGUCAUCGUCAUCAUCAUUCAUAAUCAUCAUGAUCACCUUCAUCUUUCUCUUUGUCUUCAUUGUCAUCACCAUAUCGUCAUUAUCAUCAUUAGUAGCAUUGUCAUCAUUAUCAUAUUACUAUUAUCAUUAUCACCAUUAUAACAGCAAUUACAUUGUUGUUGUCAUCAUCAUCAUUAUCAUUAUUAUAUAUGUCACCAUCAUCAGAAACAUCAACAUUAGUAUCAUACAUUAGUAUCAUACAUUACUUUAUUCUCAUAUAUUAUCAUCAAUUAUCAUUGUCAUUAUUAUCAUAAUCAUUGUCAUUGUCAUUGCCAUUGCCAUUGCCAUUGCCAUUGCCAUUGCCAUUGCCAUUGCCAUUGCCAUUCUGAGAGUAUUGUAUAGUUUCUCCGAUCUUGAGUUCCAAAAGUUUUCCUUCGAAUCUCUCUCCUCCUCGUAUUCCUUUGUUUUAUUUGAUCAUUUCGUAUGUGGGUUGUUUCCAAAGUUUAUUUGAAGCAUCAAUUCUCUGUAUCCAUAUAGCGCGCGAACGUGAUACGUCUACAAUCGCACGAGCAGCGGCGACGGCACGUCUCUUCAUUCCAAAUAUGAUGUGGCAACGCGAAUUUUAUACAAAUUCUCGAACAAUUAUUCGUCCCAAUCCCCCUCCCCCCCCCCCAAAUCUCAUCACAUCCAUUCAUCAUCUAUCCAAACACAUUGAUCGAUCGUUUUCCAUCUACCAUCUAUUCUUUCUCUUCCUUUUUUCCUUCUACUCUCCUUUCCUCCCCGCCUCAAAUUACGUUGUUCUAUUUGUAUUUAUCAUCAACCCAUCGUAAUUGUAAAUUAUAAUUAUUAUAAACGUUUACACGAAAUAAUAAUAAAUUCUGAUAAAAUGUCUGAGAAAAACCCACAGCUGUAUCUUGCUUUUAACGAUGAUACCAUCGUAUCGAGGGAUAUGUUUACACACGGCAAUGAUGUUUCACGGCGGGAACGGUUUGAGGACAAAAGUUAAGAUCAUUAUUUGGAUAAUUAAUAAGUAAACUUUGUCGUUAAACACUACAUGAUUUCAUUGGAUUGGAAUGAAUUGCUUUUCCUUGGGUUCGAAAUCCCCAAUCUGCGAUAUUUUUAAGUUAUUCAGUGUUUUACAUCUUUGUAGAAGAACAUCGUGAAAAACUCUUUGGUAAUCUUUUGAAUAAAUUUUAAAUACAUGUUAAACACUCUGACAAUGUUAUUCACAAGAUGAUUGACCAAGUUUUGCUUUUUGUCUUGUACACGCUUUCACGUAAGUCGGUGUUAAUUUACUGCCGGUUUCUUUGGAAUUUUGUUAACAAUGGUUUUGUUUGUUUUACAAUCAACAUGUGAGAUUAACCGCUUAGUCUUCUUGAUAACUCGAUAAUGACAAAAGAUUUUUGCAAUCGAUGCGAAAAACAAGAAAGAGAAAGAAAGGGAAGAAGGAAAUAAAACCUGAACGUGGGACGACGUUCGCGUGAGGACGAUGUGUAUUAUUUGGCAUAGUUGAGGUCUAGCAUUAUAUCGAGAUUUCAAAGCACGCUGGAGGUACGGAAACUUUUUUUAUGUACUUAAAAAAAAAAAAAGGAAAAGAACAAAAGGGAUAUUUAUCACGAUUGCUAUUAUGGAUAUCAUUGCAUUAGAUAUACAUCUCUUUGCCCUGUCCUCACUUCGCUUUGAUCCCCAUCUUACCUUCCAUUCGCCAACUGCCCAUCCUCCGUUUUUCUUGUCGUAUAUCUAGAUGUACUAUAUGUACUGUGUGUAUACACGACUUUCACACUAUAUAUUCAUACAUACGUACAUUUAUGUAUGCGUGUGCGUGUAUAUAUGGAUGUGCACAUCAUCAGAAAGAUACGUUAAAAAAAUAAUGACGCGAGAUAUAUAUAUAUAUACAUAUAUAUACAUAUAUAUAUAUAUAUAUACAUACAUAUAUGUAUAUGUACGCGUGCCUUCUCUGACAAGAAAGGCCUAUUGAUUAAUCAUGCUAAAUUUUUUGCACAAUUUAUACGUGUAGUCGAGAUUACGAAAAAAAAAAAAAAAAAAAAAACGGUUUUUGCUAACGAAAGUAGCGAACUAUUUUAAUGCGACGAGAAGAAAGGCCAAGCGUUUUGCGGAGGUAGAAAGAAUAAUAAUUUUAACGGAAGAAUUCCAAAAACUUGCGCAAGAAGACAAUGUUUCCGCAGUCAUUCACGUAAAUUUACGUAAUAACCGUACUCCUCCAGCAGGUCUUGUCGUACAUACAACUAAGGUAGAGAACGUGUAGAUCCAAAUGAAUCUCAACCUGCGAAUUGCGCGACAACUCUCGAAAAUCGCUCGAGGAAGAAAUAAAUGAAUGAUCGCGAAAUUUGAUGCUGAAAUUCUAGAGCGAUAAGAGUAGAGAUUUUUUCUUUGAAGUUGAGAGAGAAAGAAAGAGAGAGAGAGAGAGACAGAGCGUAGAAUUUGUCGCGUCCAGAACGAGGUUGAGAUACAGAUUACAUUUUUGUGUGAUAGAUGAGCUCCCGCGUAGAUGUUCUUAUCCGGCAAAAGUUUAGUUUACCCUUAUUUUUUUUUAAUCUUUGUUUCUCUCCAUUUAAAUUAUUUUCAAAACUAGUAUGAAAGUAUGAAAGUUCCACUUGCAUCAGAUUGUGCAGUCGUGGGACGUUUGUGGGGAUAUUGGUGUAUUGCAUCAGGUGUUUAAAUUUCUUGUGAUGCAAUAUCUUGUAGCAAUCCAAUUUUUUAGUUUUCGUCGAGCAAAUAUACACCGACUCUUCGAUAACAAUAAUUAUAUUAACAUUUGUCGAUUAGCCAUUUUCAACAUUCAUCGACUCCUUUUCCCGGUUAAUUUUUUUUUUCUAAAUCGCACAUUUUUUUCUCAAGAAAGGUAGAUUGCACAAGCACUGAACAAACACAAAGAUUUAUUAAUUACAAUAACAAUUUAUUGCAAUUCUUUUUUUCUUAAUAAAAAAAAAAGACGGAAAAUAAUGAAAGGCAUCUAUACGAGCGCGUUAAUUUAGCUAAGAGCGCGAGAGUAUAUUCGUCAAAUCGUGGGAGAGAACUCGUGACUGGCUAACAAUGUUUAGCUAGCGACAAAAACGUGAGCUCUCUCGUGUUUGAUUAACAAUAUACUAUUACGAUUGCGCUUGGACGAUCCAGUUUUCACAAUACGUCACAAUUUUCCCCUUGUUUGAUAUUUUUCUUUUUUUCCUCUUCACAUUAUCGGUCGAUAUAUUCAGUGUUUCGAUUGUGUCACCGUGCAAACCUCUCUAGAACAAAGUUUUUCUUUGGUUUUCCUCUGAACUUCUAGUCUAUUUUUAGCUGUUGAUCUGACCUCGCCCUUCAUCUAUUCUUCCUCCCCAUUCACCGCUAUAUCCCUCUUUCAAUUGAUAUAAAUCAAUGCCGUUUCAAUCGAAUAUAUUAUGGAUUAACAAAGAGAAAAAGAUGCUAAUUUGGCGGGGUGAUGUUUGUAAAUAAAGCUAUAAAAGCGACGAAACGGUGCAGUUAUUUCAGACCCAUGUCAGUCGCUGCAUCGACUGAAUUCUAGAAGAUUGUAGAAGACCGUAGAAGAAUUCUAGAAAUGUUCUUUCCGUUAUUACACCUUUUUCUUUUUUUUUGUUGAAACGUUUCCGUAAAAAAAAAAGGAGACGUUUAAGUAUUAAUUUAACAAUCAACUUUGUAAGAUCAAGCGCAUGGCAUGAAUUUUAAGUUAGGCGUAUAUUUUUGUUAUACAAAUGUAUGUAUUAGAGGUUUUUGUGUCUCUGCUAGACUUCGCUCAGCAAAUUAUGCGUAAGAUGAUGAGCAUUGCGUCAUGUUCGUCCAGUCGGCCAUCAUGCUUCGUUCUGAAAGGUGCAAAUACGAGACCCGAAGCACGUAUUUAACCCGAGCCCUGCGCUCGGAUCGUCAAUAUAAAAGCAUUUCUCAGAGCAUUUCGCACAUGCGAAGAAGUGAAUUUGUGUGUCUCAAACGGUUUUCUUGUAAUUUUUUUUUUUUUUUCAAGAUAAAAUAGACAAAUAAUACGAAAGUUGAUAUAAAAGGAAUAUAGUCGGUUUUUAAUUUGCAUUGCGAUUGAAGACACUUUUAAAUUGCGUGUUCAAACUUUGUGAAUUUUAUAAAAUUUCAAAACUGUAAUUUACGUCCCGAAACGUUGCUACUCAGCAUUGUCUUCAGAUAACGUUUAUUUCUAUAUUGUGUACACACGCAAUAAUACGGCGAACAAAUACGGCUUGAAGUAUAAACGUCGCUUCUUUUCAACAUCAUCACUGCGUGCAGGUGAACCUAAUGGAUACUUCAACCAUGAGUUCACUUGAAAGUCAAGAAUCUUCGACGUGCUCAUCUUGGCAAUCUUUCGACGAUUCGGAGAUUUCUCAACAGAGUUAUAAACAGUAUUGCGACACAAUCAUGGCCGAGGACGCGCCAGCUCAAAGAUUUAUAAAGCCCGGGAGCCACAAGGGCAAGGGCAUCGCCGUUUUCACCAGUGGAGGCGAUUCUCAAGGAAUGAAUGCUGCUGUACGAGCAGUCGUGAGGAUGGGUAUUUAUCUCGGGUGCAGAGUGUACUUUAUUCGGGAAGGCUAUCAAGGCAUGGUAGAUGGCGGAAAAAAUAUCGAGGAGGCUACAUGGUCAUCCGUUUCUUGCAUCAUUCACAGAGGUGGCACGGUAAUCGGUUCUGCUAGAUGUAAAGAAUUUCGGGAGCGUGCUGGUCGCAGAACAGCCGCCAAGAACUUGGUCAAUUUCGGGAUAACGAAUUUAGUGGUGAUUGGUGGAGACGGUUCCCUCACUGGUGCCAAUCUCUUCAAGGAGGAAUGGCCGGAUCUUCUGAAGGAACUCGUUGAAUCCGGGGACAUAACUGCUGAACAGAGAGAGAAGAACAAACAGUUGCACAUCGUAGGUUUAGUAGGUUCCAUUGAUAACGAUUUUUGUGGUACAGAUAUGACUAUUGGUACCGACUCCGCGUUGCAUCGUAUCAUUGAAAAUAUAGACGCUAUUGUUAGCACAGCUCUUUCUCAUCAAAGAACAUUUAUUAUGGAAGUUAUGGGUCGUCAUUGCGGUUAUCUGGCUCUGGUGGCAGCUAUAACUUGCGAAGCUGAUUUUGUUUUCAUCCCUGAAUGGCCACCCGAGCAGGAUUGGCCCAACAAGCUGUGCAAAAAAUUAUUGCAGGAAAGACUUACUGGACAACGACUUAACAUUAUUAUCGUGGCUGAGGGAGCUGUCGACAGAAACGGAGACCCAAUUACCGCAGAAAAAGUUCAUAAAGUAGUUGUAGAAAAAUUACAGCAGGAUACGAGAAUUACCGUGUUAGGUCAUGUACAAAGAGGUGGCAAUCCUUCUGCUUUCGAUAGAGUUUUGGGAUGCCGAAUGGGAGCUGAAGCUGUGAUGGCUUUAAUGGAGGCAACACCCGAUACAGAAGCAUGUGUCGUUACAUUGGACGGAAAUCAAGCUGUGAGAUUACCACUAAUGGAAUGUGUUCGUCGUACGAAAGCUGUUGCGCAAGCUAUGGCCGAUAAGAAUUGGGAUCUCGCUGUGCAUCUUCGAGGAAAGGGCUUUGAACGUAACUUGGAAACAUACAAAAAGCUGACUCGUUUGAAAGCUCCUCUCCUAGAGAACGACAGUAACAAGGAAAAUAAUGGGCGUGCAUUAUCGAAGCAAUACACUUUAUACGGACAAGAUAACUAUACGGUAGCAGUCAUGCAUAUAGGAUCACCAUCGUGCGGCAUGAACGCGGCGGUUCGUUCUUUCGUGAGAAAUUGUAUUUAUCGAGGAGACAAGGUCUACGGUAUCUGCGACGGAGUGUUGGGUCUCAUGGCUGGUAGAUUAAAGUUGAUGGACUGGCCAUCAGUUACUGGAUGGGUCUCAGAGGGUGGUGCAAAACUAGGAACGAAACGUGCACCGCCACAAGACGAUCAGUUACCUCAAAUUGCUCAGAAACUCAAAGAAUUUGGAAUACAAGCAUUGCUCAUCAUUGGUGGAUUUGAGGGUUAUCAAACGGGUCUCAAAUUUUUCAAAGCAAGGGACAAAUACGAGGAGUUUCGAAUUCCUAUCGCUAUGAUCCCAGCGACUAUUAGCAAUAAUGUACCGGGUACUGAAUUUUCUCUGGGCUGUGACACAGCUUUGAAUGAAAUUACAGAAAUCUGCGACCGCAUUCGACAGUCAGCGCAAGGUACCAAACGCCGCGUAUUUAUUAUCGAAACGAUGGGUGGCUAUUGCGGAUACUUAGCAACCGUUGCUGGUUUAGCCGGCGGUGCCGAUGCGGCAUAUAUAUACGAGGAAAAGUUCAAUAUCAAAGAUUUGAAUCAAGAUGUUAUUGCAAUGGCUGGAAAGAUGUCGGAAGGCGUUGAGAGAGGUCUCAUUAUUAGAAACGAGAAUGCCAAUGAAAAUUACAACACUGAAUUUAUGUUUAGACUUUUCAGUGAAGAAGGAAAAGGUUUAUUUAGCUGCAGAAGAAACAUACUUGGUCAUAUGCAGCAAGGUGGCUCGCCAACGCCUUUCGACCGUAAUUUGGGUACAAAAAUGGGUGCUAAAGCGGUGGAAUGGUUGAGCGAUCAAUUGAGAAAAUGUACCAGUCUCGAUGGAAAAACGCUUACUACAACGGCGGACAGCGCAGUAAUGCUUGGCAUUAUCAGACGCCAGUAUAGAUUUACACCAUUUACGGAACUUAUCGAAGUUACCGACUUUGAGCAUCGCAUUCCGACGUAUCAAUGGUGGAUGAAGCUGCGGCCUUUACUGAAAGUGUUAGCAAAGCAUGAAUCGACUUAUGAGGAAGAGGGUCUAUACAUUACGGUCGAAGAAAUGGACCAACAAAAAGAUCCGCCUCUCGUUUAAAGCGCGAAAUCAAUUAUAGCGUGGUUGUAAUAAUAAGUGACAACCGCAAAUCAUGUCGAUAAUCAUGUGGAGAUUAGAUAUUGAGAAAAGUACCGCAGUAUUGUAUUAAUAUAUUACAAUAAUUUUAUUGCAACUCGAUGAAAAACGAAUAACAUAUAUGCAUAUAUAUAUACAUAUACAUAUACAUAUUUAUUUUUGAAUCAUGUUUAUCAGAAAAAUUUAGAUGUUUAUUUAUAGUAAUGAUUCUUAUGACACAGCCACGUCUACGUUUUCAUAUUAUUGCCUAUUUAUUUAAGAUCUUCUCGCAAAAUUUGAAUGUAACUCAAACAAGUAGCAAAUAUUAUCAAGAAUAUAUAGGAAUGCUUUUUUUUGUCUUUUUCAAAGAUCGUGUUUCUAUUGAUAUGCACACACACAUACAAACACACGCGCACUUUAAUUCAGAUAAGAAAUAUAAUGACAGUACCUGAACCGCAAAGAUAAGGUAUGUUUUAACCAUGUAACAUCGGUACAAUUUGUCGAUAGAAAUCAUAUUCUGUUCACAAUAACACAGAGCGAUAUUGUUACUGUAAUAAUAAUCUAAUAAACGUUAAAAUUGCAUUGCGUGCGCGCGCGUUGACGUAUAGUAUUGAGAAAAUUAUAUUAGAAUUGAUGUACUUGUGUAAAGUCUAGCUUAUAGUAAAACAAAACAGUAAAUAUUUUCGGGAGUAAGAAAUAAUUUUUAAAACAAAAUACGUAAAAUCGUAUAACUAAAAUCGAGACUAUUUAGCAAAAUGUGCAAAAUUUACAUUUUGAUAUGCUGCUCGAACCCAGUGCACGCGCAAUUUUAAUAUUUGAUUUACCGUGAGAAUAACGUAAUUAAACAAAAUAAUUCACGAAUUACUUUUUAAGUUUUUAGCAAAUGAUAUUAUAUUACAGAUAUUAUGUAAACAAACAGUUUUUUAAGCUUCAAAUAUUAUGAGUUAAAAAGCUAACAGGUUCAAAUCUUGAAUUUAUAUUCCAUUAGCUUGUUAUUCUGUUAUUUAAUGCACAGCUGCUGGGAAUGCUUCAUAAGAGAAUAAUAAGUUGUUUCAGUUGUAGCAUGGAUCGAGAAGUAAAUCAGAUUGAGAAAUUUUUUAAGAGUUUCACAUUCUGAACUAUAUGUGGUCUACUAAGACGUAGGAUUAAAAAGUAAUGUGGUAUUUUGCGUCGGUGAAAGUGUUUAUCCUUCGGUUUAGCGUUACUUGAAGCUAUAAAAAGCUAUUGGAAUAUACCUGUCUACCUCAAAAGAUAAUUUUGCAACGGUGAGCGAACGACUCGCAGGAAGGAAAAUUGAUCUGAGUCGCGCAUUAUAGUUGCACGUAAUAUUAAAAAAAACAAACCUUUUGCUAAAAUUUAAGGCUUGUGACCACAAAAGUAUUUAGAUUUAAUUCUUUUUCUCUUAUACUCUAUACUCGUGUAUUUAUCUUUCUGAGAAUGUUAUGCAAGUAUCAAAUUGUUUUUCGCGUAUAAGAUAACGUUCGACGUUUCGUCAUGUUCUUAUAAAAAUUCUAGGAUCUAAAUGAUUACAUUCUAGUAUCAUUGAACCUUGUCUCGUGCAAACUCUUACUCGUAUUCGUGAAUUUACUAAAGUAAAAAAAAAAAAAAAUUAUCAAACUUUAAUAGAAAUAUGUGC